AUGAGUUCAAUUGAUUAUGGCACUUAUGCAAAAGAUUUUAGUAAUUGGUACAAUAAUGAAGAUUUUUAUGAGUUAAGGACAGUAUCAGACCUUUGUAAAAUCUUUGAUUUAUGCAAAUUUUCAACUAAUCAAUUUAUUCAAGCAUUUACUAUUAUCAGCAAGAAAUUUAGUAGUACUGAAGUAGCUACUAUUUCUCAACAUGUUUACUUACAAAGUUUUGUAAGUAAAGAAUCUGCUUUUGAAGCUUUAGACUUUAUUUCUAAAAUAACAAACAAUGAAUCAAUAAACGGCAUAUUAAAUUACUUAAAAUCCAAUACAGUUAAGAACGGCAAGAACAAGAAAUACUUAUUACAAUGUGAUAUCUCCCCUGACUCUUUUGAUAAAAUAUAUAAUAUCCUAUCUAAUGCAUGCGAAGAAGGAGAUUAUGAGACAAUCAAAUUUGCAUUUAAAAAUGGAUAUAGCAAAGUAUCAACAAAUGAAGAUGGUGAAUAUGAAUAUUUUGACUCAACACUUCUUUUUGCAGCCCAUCAACGAAAUGACUUUGAAUUAGUUAAACAACUAAGUAUUUUCUCAGAUAUUUGUACACGAAAUAGUCUUGAAGCUGUUAAAUGUAAAUACUCUCACCUUGAUGUUGGUGUCACUCCUGAUAAAAUGUACUGUAAAUCACCCCUUCAUUAUGCAGCAUUAAAUGUCAAUGUUGAAGUUGUAAAAUAUAUAUGCUCUAUUAAAAAAAUCAAUAUCAAUCUUCAAGAUAUGCUUGGAUCAACACCUCUUCAUUAUGGCGCACUUAACAGAAAUGUCGAUGUCAUCAAAUUCCUUUGUUCUCUUAAAGGAAUUAAUAAAAGUGUUGUUGACUAUCAAAAGAAGACUCCUCUUCAUUAUGCUGUACUUAUAAAUAAUGUAGAAGUUGUUAAAUAUCUCUGUUCACUGCCAGAAAUUGAUAUUAAUGCAGAAGAUAAUGAUGGCUUCACUGCUCUUCAUUACGCUGUCGAAAAUGAUAAUGUUGAAAUUAUUGAUAUUCUUUCUAAGAAGAAAUAG